GCAUUGUAAAUAUUCGUUUUGGUACAAACAAUUUAAAAUAUUUAUAAAUACUGAAUUAAAAUGAGUUACAAAGAUCGCUGUAGAGCAUGUUUAGGUAGUGGAAAGGAAAUGCGACACAUUCACAGUGUCGUUACUAUUAGUGGUGAUGAGGUUCGAUUAUCAGAUAUUUUGCAAAGUUUUUAUGACUGUACGGUAUCUGAAGAUGACCAGUUUCCAGUGACAUUUUGUAUUAACUGUGUCCAUCAGCUAACAAUUACAUAUUCAUUCAAGAAACUUAUAGAUUCCACGGCAAAAACUCUAACAGAAAGCUAUAAAAUCACUGAAACAACCUAUGUAGUUGAAGAUUGUAUAAAUAUUGAAUAUGAACAUCAAGAUGCUGAAGAAUUUUCAGACCAAGAUAAGAAUAUCUAUAACUGUGAUGCAAACAGCAAGGUUGAGAGUCUUUUAUUAUUUUGUGUUGAGUGUAAAGCUGAAUUUCAGUCCGUGCAGUUGCUGAGAGACCAUUGUAAUACAACCCACCAAGUGAAGUUAACGGUUGGCAGAGAUUGCGAAUAUUGUAAUGAAAAAUUUGAAGACUUUCGCUCCCUCGUACUACACAGAAAGUUGCAUUUGAAACCAUAUAUUUGUGAAAACUGCUGGAAAGGUUUCUACAAUGUAGAUUUCCUAAACAACCACUCCUGUCAACCUUGUAGAGAUAAAAAGGAGGAGAAAUCUGAGAAGGUGUUAAGACAAUGUGACCAGUGUGGGAAGUCUUAUCCUCCUAGCUAUAUCAAAAUUCACAUCCUCACACAUAGUAGUGACAGAGGGUAUAGUUGUAAAUAUUGUCCAAAAAAAUUCAAAGUUCCCAGUAGUUUGAAUUCUCAUGUUCUGUGGAAUCACAAGAGGACUAGGAAUUACAAAUGUGAGGAAUGUAAUGCAACUUUUAUUACAUCCAGCUCCAGAAGUUCACAUAUAAGAAAAAAUCAUUUAAAAGAAAAGAAGUAUGGAUGUGAAAGUUGUGGCAAAAGGUUUUUCUCCAACUCCGAGCUUCAAAGACACUCAUUGACCCACACAGGUGUUAAGAACUUCCAUUGUCAUUUAUGUGAUAAGUCAUAUCAAACUAGACAUGGUUUGAAUGUGCAUCUAAAAUCCCAUGCACAGAUAAAUAUGAACCUUUUGAAUCUAUAAAAUAGCAAGCUUGUUAAUAUGUACCAUUGAAGAAAUUGAUUCCUAUGCAGAUGGGGACCUACAAAGCUUGGUCAUGUUCGGUCAAACCCAGCCGACAGGUCACAAAUAACAUUGAAUUGACAUGAUCCGACCAAAUGAUGUUGGCUUGUCAACUGCUUAGCAAUUAAUUUCCCAGAUAGUACUAUCCUAAGCCAUAUCCGGCCUAUUUAGAUUUAAAAAACUUUAGCUAUCUGUAUUUGGCUUAUAAAACAAAUAUGUAAUGGAAAUGAUGAUAUUGCAUACGCCAUACAGAGUUGCACUAGGAAUUAUUAUAUUUUUUCAGAACUUGAGGUAAUAAAAUCUUAAAGUAAACAAGUAUCACUCAGCAGUAUUACUGGACAUUCAAAAAAAUAUUUUACAUUAAAAUAUGGCUUUAGGCUCAACUCACACUGGGGCCGUUGAAGUGAUGUCAUGUUUUUUGCCU